UAAAAACAACCUGUUCAUGUUUACUUGUAAAAUAAUUAAUUGUUUUAUACAUUUUUGUGAUAUUUAAAUUGAAUAUAAUUUAACAUUCACAUUAGGUAUAUAAACAAUAAUAAAUAGGUAGGUAGGUAUGCCGUAUGCGUAUUGUCAUAUAACAUUAUAGUUUCAAAUAAAUCAACCGGCUUCAUCAUCUAUAUAUCCACAAUAUAUAAAAUUAUGUUUAUUUAGCAAUGAUUCGGAAAAAAUAAAUUAUAUAUACUCAGAGUGAUUUAACUCGACUCGGAGUUAUAACAUACUUAUAAAUAAAGUGAACAUACAAAAAUAUGUUAAGAUACUUAGUGUUUCUCAUUUCCACGUGCAUGUUUGCGAAUGGAUUAAAUUGGCAUUCGUCGCAGAUCAUGUUAAGGUAUCUAUAUAAUGUACAAGACAAACAGUUUGCACUGGCUGAAGAAUAUUUGAAACUGGAAACAAAACGAAUACAUGAAUUACAGCGUUUUUUAGUUCCAAUUGUUGAUUGGUAUAUAAAUUAUUCAUUCACGAAAGAAAAGUUUAUACUUAGUCACAUUGAUAGCAUAAAAAUGAUGACACGGAUACAUAAAGACUUAUCCACAGUAAAAAAAAUAAUGAGUAAUAAGCAAUCAGUGGAAGUCUUUAAACAAUUUGAAGAGCACAAAGCCAUAAGUGAAUUAAAUAUUCAAUCUGCGUAUCGGGCUUUAAGAAGGAUUCAAAAAGUAUAUGCCAUUCCUGCAUCCGAUAUGGCUGUAGGUAAAUAUAAGGAUCGGAUUAUCGGUGAUCCAAUGGAUGCUUGCGAAUGUAAUGUCAUGUCAAAAUAUAGUUUCGAAGAAUACGAUACAUAUGGUGCAAUAGAAUGGGCUCUUCAAACUUACAAUAAAUGGUUGAUGGAUCGUCCAAAAUGUGUAGACAUAGAAUUGUAUUAUUAUAUACGAUUAGCAUCGAUGUCUACAGGAUUCAACUUUGAAAAUUUAUCAAAUUUUAGUAAUUUAAAUCAUUCUGGAAACAUUGAUUAUAUUACACGAUAUUUUUCUUUAAUUGAAAACGAAUUAAACAUCCGUGAUAUCAACGCAGAAUCUACAGAUAUAUAUCAUAUAUACGAUAAUUUUGAACAACUCAGUCGAAAUAAAAAUUUCCGCAAUUUAUGUAGGACAGGUAAAUCUGCGAGACCGUUAACGUGUGAAUCUAAAUGCCGUUAUCAGACAAAAAAUUCACCAUAUUGGAUAUUAAUGCCUUUCAAAGAAGAAGAUAUCAGUAUCAAUCCGAGCAUUAAACUCUAUCACGACAUUAUUUAUGACAAAGAGAUUGAGUUGAUUACAAAAAUGGCAUCAAUAGAUUUGACCGACGCAGCAUUUUACUUUAAUGGUAAGAUUUCUUUGGUCGAUGAACGACGUUUGGGUCAGUUGAAAUGGUUUUCGGAAAGUUCAGACCCUAUGUUAUUUGGAAAGUUGAAUGAACGAAUAGAAUGCAUUACUGAGUAUUCGACCAAGACGGCCGAAGGAUAUCAAGUGGUCAAUUAUGGAUUAGGUGGUCAUUUCUCUGAACACGUGGAUGCAUUUACAGAUGGCCCUAAGUCGAAUGGCAACAGAUUGGUCACUAUAUUAUUUUACAUGACUGACGUCCCUGAAGAUGGUUAUACAGUAUUUCCAAAUAUAAACUUUGUUGCACAUUGUCGUAAAGGAACAGCUUUAGUUUGGCAAAACUUAUACUUGAAUAAUGGUUCUGUUAAUAGUGGCACUGUUCAUGGAGGUUGUCCUGUUAUAAAAGGAAAUAAAUGGAUUAUGACAAAAGGACUAUAUGAAGAAGGACAACAUUUAACAUACAAUUGGCGAGAUAAUAAAAUAAUAACCAUAGUUUAGAAAUAUUGUUAAAUUUGUUAGAUAUAUGUAUAUUGUAUAUAUUAUUUUAGUUGCUAUUCAAAUAACAAAUACUAAAUAAUAUUUGUGUAAUGUAUACUGUUUAAUAUAUACCUAACUGUGUGCUUUUAUUAAUUUCAUGACUAUUCAUUUAAUAAUUUUAAAUAUAGUAAUACAUUUUAUUAACGGCCACCAUA